UCUUUUGAUAGAAUAAGUUUUAGCAGAUUAUUGUGGACAGAAAUAUAUGUUAGUUUUAGCGGGCGUCCGCUCGCUCUUCAGUCUUCUCUAUCCUUCUCGACUCUGAUCAAAGUCCUCGUGACACUUUGAUCAGUCUCACCUAUGGGAGAUUACAGAUCAAAGUCAUACGCCGGUGGCAGGAUGCAGAUGGAGAGUCACUACGGGUCCAGACCCAGCUUCAACGCUUACGAUUUCCGCUCAUACAGCGCUUCCUACGCUUCUUAUCCGCCGCCCGCCCAGGUGGGUGGCCGCGUGAGAGACUUGAAGGUGAAGAAAGGCAAGAGCACAGGGGCGUCUUCUUCGAAAUCUUGGAGCUUCAACGAUCCUGAGUUCCAGAGGAAGAAGAGGAUUGCGAGCUACAAGGUUUACACGGUCGAGGGGAAGGUCAAAGGGUCCCUCAGGAAGAGCUUCAGGUGGCUCAAGGAUAGGUACACCCUGGUGGUCAAUGGCUGGUGGUGAUCUUUUGUGCUUGCUUUCCAUCUCUUGUGCUUGCAAACUCCUUGAUAAAUUGCUUCUGUGGAUUUAAUUUCCAGAGAAUAGAACUAGUUUCGUACUUUGUAGAUUUUGGGUUUUGUGAUCCUUUUGGCUUUUACCAAUUCUUGGUGCUGAUGUAUACGUAUAUGUUGUAAUAUGUGUGUGUGGAUGAUAAAACUCAAAAUUCAAAGUCAGGGGCUUUCUUUCAUCAUGUAUUCGUGCAGUUGAUUUUUCCAGUGAUGAAUUACUAGUUUUCUCCUUUUAUGCCAAUAA